GAGAGAGAGAGAGGAAAGGCUCGCGCACACGUUUGCUCCGGUGGAGACGUUUUUAGACGCCGAGAGGCGUUCGCCACGGCGACGACAACCAAGAGACCACGACGACGACGACGCAGCCACCCAGCCAGUUAGUCGCGCGUGCACCUUGGUGGCCAGCCACCACUACCUGUCUCCCUUUCCCACGUCUCUCCGUUCGUCGAGUUUGUGCUCCCUCCGUCCCACCAAGUGCAAUCUCUGACCCAAGUGCGAGAGUUUGUUGUUCUUCCCCGAAUCACCGUCAAGUGCCAACGUAGAAGAGGAACCGUGACAAUAUUGUGUUCCAGCAAGUGUUGCCCGGUUCGUAGUUAGGGACCGAUAAAAGUACGCCCAAGGCUCCUUGGCGAUGACCCGGUAGUUCUAUCACGCGCGCGAAUGACCAUCCACGGUGGAAGGGAAGCCCGACAGCAGCACGUGCCUAACCGAGCGCCCCGCAACACCUGGAAUGCCCAUCGGCACCGCUGACCACCUCGACCAACAACAGCCACGUGGGGUGUCGUUAUCAUUGUCAGCCCUGCCCAGGGAAAGCCUCGAAAGUGGUGCGCGUGGCGAGGCGGGGGCCCGACUGGGAGCCGGCCAUGCCGGGCGACAACCGCAGCGGCCGGCGAAAGUCGCGCCGCGACAGCCUAGAGGCCGGAGGGGCCAACAACAACACCACCACGAGCAGCAGCGGUGCGACGCCGUCGCGUUGCACACCGCCCGGCUCGAGGGAGAGGCGCUCGAGCGUCAGGCGGGGCGUCGUUGCCGGCAAGCCCAUCAAGGAGCGCUGGCUCUUGACGCGCAAGACAUGGCGGGCAAUGCAGGACUGCGGCCGCCGGCUCAUCCCCGACAGCGUCAUAACCCACCGCAUACCCAAGAUCGAGCAGUACUUCCAGGAGGUGUGCUCGCGCGAGUCAAAGUUCCUCCUGUGGCGCAAGGCGUCCUACCCGGGCUCGUUGGGCUUUCGGGCGGCCCGUAGGGGCCGUAGGCACCCGAGCAACAAGCCCGGGGGCAGUUGUAGGCUCCCCAAUAACAAGCAGCUCGGUUGCAGCAACUCGGCCGACGAGGCGGAGGACUCGAGGUUGAACCAGGUCGGGCCGCACGGUGGGCUCCCCUCGGCCGGUAAGCUCGAUCUCGCCAGGGUCAAGAGGGAGUGGCUCCUCAGCUCCUCCUCUGCUGAGCGACGCAGGCAGCCACGCGAGGAGGCCGAGGCUAAGGCGCUCGCGGACAUGCUCCAGAAGUACCUGAACAUGCAAUCGGAGCGCUCCUCGUCGGUCUCGACGGAUCACUCGAUGGGUAGCGCGGGACUCGCCAAGGAGCCGACCACAGCCAUUACGAGCAGCAGCGGCCUCGACUACCAGAAACUGAUCGAGAAGCUCGAGCAGCACCUCAACCAAAUAAUGGCCGAAGGUAGGCGCGAGGCCGAGGCCAGGACCACCACCACCACCACCACCUCAUCGUCCUACUCGUCCCACGCCAAGUCAAGGAGCACCACGACCACCAGCGCGUGUAGCGUGCCCAAGAUCACGAUGCCCUACCAGAGCGACUUUGUCCACAAGUCGCUGCUCGAGACCCUCAGCCGGUACUACAGCAAGUCCCCGAAUAGGGAGCACGUUAUAUCGGACAUCCUCACGGACCGCAAGCUCCUGGAGAAGCUCUACUUCGACCUGAGGUGCACGAGGGGCUUCCGCGGGCCCCGGGCCACGGGUGCCUACACCUCGCCCUCGGCCAGGUGGUGGAACCAACAACAACCAUCCACGAGGCUCUCCAAGCCACCCCAACAGGACGGGGAUGGAGGAAGACCAUCAUCGACGAGGAGGGAUCUGAUGGGCUCGCCACCGCCGUUGAUCGCAGUGCAGGGCCCAAGCACGGAGCGCGGCCCCAUCGACUCGGGGACCCAAACCGAGCCAGUGGCCCGCGAGCUGCUCGACGCUCUGCUCCUCGAGAGGGAGGCCGCGGACCACCAGGCAUCCACUCCACCUCCAAACAGGGAUCAGCCCCACAAAACGGGGAGGCGGCGCAGCAGCGUGGACAACGACGACGUGUCGCCGUCGGUGAGCGACACGAUAAAACGGUACCUGCGUAUGGCGCGAAAAAAAUCGAUGGACUCGGACAAGGCGGACCGAUUUAAGCGCGUCAACUACGACCGGAACCUCCGCAACAUAAGGCCCAAGGGCGAGACCACGCGGCCGAGCGACCCCGACGACGCCGAGCCCAACACCAAGGCCUGCCAGACGGGGGACGCGUGGCCAGUUGGCUACCGGGAGAUGGCCCACCACGAGCCGGGUGAGGUCCUGCUGUUGCAACUGUCGGACGCCGACACGACCUCGCCGGUCAGCAGGAACGCCAGCUCGAGGAGCAGCAUGGACGCCUCGGGCCUCGGAAGCGAGGACGCGGCCCCACCCUCGACGCCCUCCAAGCACCAGUCCUUCCUGUCCCACCUCCUCCACGGCUCUUCCUCGUCCUCCUCCUCCCACGGCGCGACCCAGAAGCCCCACUCGGCGCCCGGGUCCCCGGCCAUGGCCACCUGUAACACCAACAAUAGCAACGGUGGCGGCGGGGGCGGUGCCAUGCAGAAGAGCAAGUCCUCGAGCAGCGUCGUGCACCACGGCAGCCGGCUCGUCGCGAAGAAGAUCUGGAAGUCGCGGAGCAAGAGCUCGUCCAGGGCCAUCAACCUCGUGUCGACGUGGACGCCACAGGGCAAAUGCACGUGGGCCGGCACGAACGGGAGGCGCGUCACUUUGCAGGACACGCCGCUGCGCUCGCUCUCGGAGGUCGAGCGGAAGGUCCUGUGUCGCGUGGCCGUGGCGAAGCUCCAGGCCCUCAACCUCGGCGUGCACAUCAGGCCGCCCACCGAAUCCCUGAGUGGCGGUUCGGUCACAGCAAAGCCGAAGAGGCGAGCCUAUCUGCUCAAAAGGAAGGCGCUGACGACGGGCUUCUUCACGGACAGCAAAUCCAAGGAGGACAAGGAGAAAGAAUCGAGCGGUGGCCUCGUCUUUGGCAUUUCACUGUCGCAGUGCCUGGAGAACGACAGGCUGGCCAGGAUAGCCGCGGGCGAGAUUGUCGACGUGGGCUGCCUGAGCCGGAACAGCAGGCACGGGAGCAGGACGAGCUUCACGAGCCUCAUCGAGACCACCACAGCCUCGAAAACGGAUGAGGGUGGCUCCUGCGAGUCGUUGUCGUCGAAGGCGGGCAGUGGAGCCCUGACGAGCAGCGACUCCGGGGUACUGGGCGAACUGAGCGACAGCCUGAGUCCACCGGCCGAGUUCGACGCGGUGCCGAUCGUGGUGAAGCAGUGCAUCCGACACCUCGAGAACACGGGGCUGAGGACCCUCGGGAUAUUUCGGGUCUCGCCGUCGAAGAAGCGCGUCAGGCAGCUCAGGGAGGACUGGGACUGCGGGAGAGAGACCAAAAUCGGACCCGACCAGUGUCCCCACGACGUCGCCGCCCUGCUCAAAGAGUACUUUCGGGACCUGCCGGAUCCCCUGCUCUGCAGGGACCUCUACCAAGCAUUCGUGCACACGCAAAAAAUCCGCAACAGACGGCUACAGCAAGAGGCCCUGCAGCACCUGAUCCAGCUACUGCCGACGCCGAACCGUGAGACCCUCUACGCCCUGCUAAAUUUUCUGAGCGAGGUGGCGGCCAACAGCGAGGACCGCAAGCCCGAGGAUGGCGGCGAAUGGCUCAGCGGCAACAAAAUGGACACGACGAACCUCGCCACUGUAUUCGCACCAAACAUCCUCCACUGCGUGAAACCAGGCCAAACGCGCUCCGAACUCUCGGCGGAGAGAGCCGAGGAGCGAAUAGACGUGAUAAACGUCGUCCGAGCCCUGCUGGAGCACGUGAACGAGCUCUUCAUCCUCCCGGCCGCUCUCCUGGACGAGCUCUACCUCCACAUGAUGGACAGCCACCCUGCCGAGCUCGACGUCGCCCUAUCGCGACGGGUAGUCGAAGAGGUAGCGAACGUCGACGACGUCGAGCUGUGCUGCAGCGAGACGGAGAACUACUCGGUCGACGAGAACGUGUCGCCCACCUCGCCCGUGACCCCCACGGCCGGUGGCAACGCAACGACACCCGGCACUCGGAAGCUGUACUCGAGGGAGGAGUGCCUCCACCAGUCGGCCGGCGUUGGGGGUGACAUUGGCCCGAAGCCCCGGAGGCCCAAGAGGCCAACCACGAGGCGAAAGGACGAGUCCUCGACGACGACGCGCAGCAACAGCAUCGACAGCGGCUCCAGCGAGGACCCGCCCGUUGACCCCAGGUACAAGGCUGCCAACAACUCGCCGAUGGUGAUAACGGCCAGUCUGACGAUACCCAUGUCGGGGGCGUUCACGUUGAACCUCGACGACCCGGACAUACCGUUCAUCGAGGACUCGGCCGGCCAGCAGCAAAACAGACAGCCAGCCCCGCAGCCCAACGCCCCGCCCCGCAGACAAAGGCAGCGAUCGGUCUCCGGGAGCGAAGGUGGUGGUGGUGGUGGGAGGCACGGUAGCGACAGCGCGGUCGGUUCGUCGGCCACGUUGUCGGGGGAUCAGGCACCGAGCUCGCCGGCCUCGUGGGCCUCCUCGCCGCCCGCGAGCCCCGACAGCGCGGUCACCGCCGUGUCCUACAUACCGGACCAGCCCCAGCUCCAGAGGGUCUCGUUCACGACCUCCAGCGAGAUAACCCGGCAGAUCGCGAGAUCGACCAGCCAGCAGGACGCUACCAAGCCCGCGACCCCGGCUCACACGCCCAGUAUCACCAGCAUCGGUGGCGCCGUCAUGAGGUCAAAGACCGCGGAUAUCGAAAGGAUGAUACAGAUUAGCCGGGCGGAGCAGCAGCCGGGCGUCGGUGGUAAGCAGUCGGUGCAGGGGAGCACGGGCCUCCAGCAGGACAGUAAAAAAUACACGAAGCGCCGGUACACGGACUCGAGGCAUCAGACGCGCCACAUACCCGACGCCGAGAGUCUAGCCGGUAACGUGCCGUCGGCCACGAGUUUGGCGUCGAGGCUGACUUCGGUGCUGCAUCACGGUAACAAUAAUAGUUCCUCGUCAGCGUCAUCGGGGACUGGUGGUGGGGGUGUCUCGGUGGCGAGGACCACUCAGCAGCCGGUGUGGAAGAGGAGGGAACUGAUAUCGAGUGCGCCCAAGGAGCGAGGCAGGUUUUUCUAGAGGAGGAGACUCUGUUUUACCCGCACGUGUGUAUUUCUAGGGGAUCCGGGUCGUGUAUAGGCGAACAUUGCUUUCGAUACGCACGCGUCACUCAAAAACGUCUUCCAAAUACUAUAUGUGUGUGUGCCUUACUCGGGCGUGAUACUCGCACGUGGUACUUGCGUGAUUUCUUUGUUUUUCAUCAUCGUUGUAUUUUAUUUUUGUUUAUAUGGGGGGUUGUUUU